UUACCUUUUUAAUGUUUUGUUAAAAAUUCAAUAAAAUUUGUCAGUAGUUUAGUAUACAUCAAAAUGAUCAUAUUAAGACUUUUUAUAUGUGUUACUGUUUACACAAAAUCUUCAAUUUCCUUAGACCCAUUAGAGUUGCAUUGCAAUUUCUCUAGACAUUUAUUUAAUUACUUCAAGUACUGUGAGCAAUAUUUAUUUAACUUUGAAAAUACAAUCUCUGAACAUGAGUUAAAAAUGUAUGGAAGAGCUGUAAAAUCUCAUGGCGAAAUUGUAAUGAUCAUGUUAGAUUCAAUACGAGAUAUGGACGAAGAAUAUAUGGCGGCGGAUAUUAUGACAGUAAAUUUAUACUUGAACAACGUUUCAGGAUCUAUAAAUAUGAUUGGUAGAGACAAAAAUGGCAAAUUUAAUAGAUCUAAAAACUCACAAAAUUUACUUAAUGGUUUUAAAAUUCUACAUCGUUCAAUUGUAGAAAGAUUGGAAUAUUUUUUAAAUGAAAAGUGUUUAAAUGUAUUAGUUACAAAUAAUUUCAUAUCACUCACUAAUUUUAAAAAACCAAUAAAAUAUAGCUCAGAAGUCUUGCUUAAUGAACUCGAGAAAUUCAAUAGUAAAAUUAUUACAAGUCUGAAUGGAUAUUUAACUAUGAGAGACAUGUUUGGCGGAAAAGAUAAUGAAAUACUAAAUAAUUAUUGUAAUAUAUUAAAGCAUUUAGCAAAAACUUUCGAAAGAAAAUCAUAUUAUAUUUUUAAUCCUAAAAAUGUCAUGUUUUAUGAUUUCAUGGAAGGUCGUGCAUGUUUUUCAGAGUUAGACUAUAUAAAUGAUUCCCAAGUAAAACAGUAUACUAUACAUAAUAGUAAUGAACAGCUAAAUGAUGUUUUAGACAUUGUUCGAUAUAUUCCGUUGAAAAUAAAGAGUACUAAUAAUUAUCAAAUAAAUUUAUCCGAUGUGUUUAGUUAUAUCAAGUUUGAUUUUGACAUUAAAAAUUUACAAAUAUUUAAAAAAUUAUUAAAUACAGCAAUUGUUUGUCCAAUUUUAAUGACUGUAUUUUUUUACUUUUCAUUGGUUAAAAAAUUUGUUUUAAUUCCUAAUUUUCAAAAUGAAAAAUUAAAAUACGUUUUGAAAUAUAAAAUCAUUGAAAUGGGUCAACAAAUUGUUGAAAAUAUGAAAUCCUUUAUGGAUUUGAAUUUAUUUGGAGAAGGAUAUACAACUAGAUUUAAGGAUACGUUUAAUAAAACGUAUGAACUUAUUUCAUUCUACAAAGAUCGUAACAAUUUGUUUUUUAAUAAAAAAGCGAUUUUAAUUUUAAAAAUUUUCCAUGAAUACAUAAAAAAAAGUGUAAUUUUAAGUGAUAUUCAAUUAGAGGAAAAAAAAGUCAUAGAGGGCAAUAUUUAUCAAAUUUGUGAUUUAGCUGUUAAAGAAGUAAAUAAAAUUGCAUCAUUUGUUUCAGCAUUGAAAAGAUAUCAGUAUUGUUUUGAAAUUGCAAAUAAAUAUUUUCAUAUAGAAUAUCUAGAAAUGAGUUCAUUUAAAAUUACUUUCAAGCAAAAUAUUCCAUUUGAACAAUUAGGAAAUCAUAAAAACUUAUGUAGAUCAGUAUAUAUUCCUGAUGUUAAUACAAGUGAUGUAAACAAAUAUAGUAAUCAUAGCUCAAGUAAUGAAAAUGAUGAGAUGAAUAAUAAUAAAAAAAAAAAUUUGAAUGUCGAAACUCACACAAUUUACACUCCGAAAUAUCUAAUUGAUUAUUUGCUUUAUGAGUAAUUUAAU